GGGUUUGAUUAUGUUUACAUUGAUUCAACCGACCAGAACCUUAAAAAGAAUAAAGAGGACAAGCCUGUCAACCACCAAGCUGGUGUCGUGGCAAAUACCCUGAAGCCCUACUUUGAAAAACCACCAGAUUCUGCAUUCAUUGCAUACAAUGAUCAAACACCAAGUUGUAACGCACUACAAGAAUAUGGCCACAGCAAAGGAGUUGUGAUGAUGGAUACGGAUAAUGUAGUCUGGCUUUUACACAGCACACCAAAAUUCCCUAAAGGAAAUGAAAGCAAUAAUUUCUAUCCUGUCAGUGGGAAAAGGUACGCACAGAUAUUUAUGUGUGUAACACUGCCCUCUGAUAAGUCUGCACAAAUAGCUCAGCAUCUUAAAGACAUCAAUGCUCAUAUAUUUAAAAACCACAAUCCUGAAAAACUCAAAGAUUCUUCCAACAUAAAACGAACGCUGCCCUACCAUGAGGACUUGUCAGCCGGUGGUUUGCAGUUUAAACGCUUUGUUAAACAAAUCUCAAACGAAAGUCAAGAAGGAGAUCUUUAUGUCACCAUUGCUGACACACUACAGAGCAAUUUAUACAUCCAGACCUGGCGAAGCAAACCUGGCAAACCUUUUACGACUAAGAAUAACCACAGCCUUUACAACAUCAGGGAAGUAGAAACUGCUGCAGGUAGUUGGAACAAUGGAAGUGAUCAUUCCAAAUGGUGUGUUUCUGACAGUAAAGAUUGGAUGUGUGUUGGUGACUCAAACAGAGAACCAUCCCAGUUCAAAAGGCCUGGUGGUGCACUGUGCAUUAAUAGAAAACCUGUGGCAGAUGCAUUUAGGACAAUUAAAAAGAUUACUGGCACUGAUAGUGUCACUGACGGUAACACUGACUGUAACAAUAACAAUGUUGCUAGUACCCGUAAAAGACCAAGAUCAGGUUAACUGCAGCAGACAAUCGUCUCGGUCUUGUUUUCUAUCUACGUUCACCAGUUUUGAAUUUAUUGUAAAUUUAUUUUAUCAAAGUGAAGCUGACUUGAAUCUGGUGCUGACAUCGUCACUCUUGUCAGUGUUAUCUAAUGUUUCUGUGAACGAUAUGAAAUUAAAAACAUUUGAUGGAUAUUUCACAGUGUGGUUCUUUCACCCAUGGAAACCAUAGAAAUAAAUGACUUUGCAUGAAUCCGUCUUGUUUUUACUCUGAGGUCCUGUUUCUG